GUGUAUCAGUCAAAAGUUCAAGCGUUGUCCUCCCCUGCCACCCACUAGUGUCAUCAUCGCCUUCCACAAUGAGGCCUGGUCUACUCUGCUGCGGACUGUGCACAGUGUUCUCUACACGGUCCCUGCCCUGGUUCUGAGGGAAGUCAUUCUUGUGGAUGAUGACAGCACUGAAGACUACUUGAAGGAACGGCUAGACAGCUAUGUCAAGAAUCUCCCGGUGGUUAAGGUGGUCAGACAGCCAAAGAGGAAAGGAUUAGUUUCGGCCAGGUUGCUGGGGAGCUCCAUAGCGACAGGAGAGGUCCUGGCCUUUCUCGACUCGCACUGUGAAUGUUUCGACGGUUGGCUGGAGCCCUUGCUGGCCCGCAUUGUCGAGUCGGAGCAGGUGGUAGUGAGCCCACAGAUCACCUCCAUCAACCUGCACACGUUCGAGGUGGAGAAACCAUCUCCGUACGAGCGCAACCACUCCCGUGGCACCUUCGACUGGUCGCUGUCCUUCAACUGGGAGGAGCUGCCCGCCUAUGAGAGCGACGCCAGGAAGGACGAGAGCUUCCCUUUCAGGACACCAGUAAUCUCUGGUGGACUUUUUGCUGUCUCUAAGGCCUACUUUGAACACAUUGGAACCUACGAUUCCCAAAUGGAGAUAUGGGGUGGAGAGAACUUGGAGCUGUCCUUCCGGGUCUGGCAGUGCGGUGGGAAACUUGAGAUCGUACCCUGCUCUGUUGUGGGGCAUGUGUUUCGCAGUGACACUCCGUACACCUUCCCAGAUGGAGUGCAGGUCGUGUAUCGCAACCUGGUACGAGUGGCUGAGGUGUGGAUGGAUGAGUACAAGGACAUCUUUUAUCAUCGGAUUCAGGAAGCAGCAGAGAUUGCUCAGAAGGGUUUGUUCGGUGACGUAUCUGAGAGGAAGCGGAUUAGAGAGAGGUUACGUUGUAAGGAUUUCACCUGGUACCUCAACAAUGUCUACCCCGAGUUGUUCAUACCAGACAUCCACAAGACAAUGAACCCAUCACUGAUGAACCGAGGGAACCAGCUCUGCUUGACCAUUGGACCAGCGGGAAGGUCCGUGUUAAUGUAUCCCUGCUACAGCCUCCAGGAACAGCAGUAUUUUGAGUACACGUCCCGCAGUGAGAUCCUCACCAACUCCUCUCACCCCCUGUGCCUACACGCUGGGAUUACCAUGGUGCUGUUGGUCAAGUGUGCUGCCCAUGGACAGAUCGGUGAUGUACCGCCGGCUCAGAAGUUCCAAAUCAAACCGGGUGGAAUGAUCCUGAAUCCUACGGUGGGCCUGUGCCUAUCUGUGAAGGGCAGCUUUGUGAAAAUGAUGUCGUGUGACCCAGCGGACAGACGACAGCACUGGACUUUCAUCAGUGAAACAUCUGACUGAAACACUUGCCUGUCAGCAGCUUGGGGCAAUGCUCCUGUACCGGAGGAGCUCAGCGCUGCUGACUCUGUACUUGGAGGUUUAAACACGUAGAUGACCCUCCUGCCCCACCACUGCUCGCUUCUUCCCAACACAUCAGCCAACAUGUCUAUGCCUGCCUUCACGUGGCCAGUCGGAAUGCAAAAAGGUUCUGACCCAACCAGUUGGGCAAUUCUUUCUUGACUGUGAAUCAAAUGUAUUCAAAUUUCAGUUUAAAGCGCAGUGAUUUGGAAAUAGAAAAGGAAACAAAAUUAUUUCAAAGCUUCUCCUAUUUUACUUCUGGAAUUUGCCUCCCGGAGUUCCUGCUGAUUCCCGGGCUGCUUUGCAGGCUGUGUGUUACCGUAAAGUUGGGCUUUCGGGUUUUGGUCGACUGAGCUAAACCAGGGGCAUAAUGUCAGUCAGGCAGUGAUCCUCCAUGAUGCACUCAUCACUGAUGUCUUUCUCAAAAAAGUCCGUUGUUACUUUAUGGGACUGGAGGAAGAGAAACGUUAUAUUUUAAGAAGGACGAGGCCUUGGUUUGCCAAAUUUUUCGCCCCUUGUUUGUGGGGAUUGUUUACAAGCAAUUUUCAUGUGUGCCUUAGUUGUUUAUUGUCAAAGAUUAAACCGACUGUUAAACCCAUUUGCAACGAUGUUGUUUUAUGCACAGGAAAGUGAGGGGGGCCAUUCAGAAUCCUCAAGCCCAUUCUGCCAUUCCAUUAGAUGUUGGCCGAUCCUAUCUUAAAGUUCUACAUCUAUCCUCCUUGGUUUCCUGAUAUGUUUAGCAUAGGCCAGUGUAGUGAUUGG